AUGGCAGCAGUAGCAACACUUCUGUCGUCCUGCAGUUCGAGUGACGGUUCGGGUACAUCUGACGACACUCAAAUGCGCACCGUCACCACACCGUUGGGAACUUACGACAUACCGACCAACCCCAAGCGGGUCUUGGCCGUCGACGCACGCACCGACCUCGAGCUCGCUAUUGCCCUGGAGCUACAGGUCUUCGGAUACAACAUCUCGCCCGCCACCGAGUGGGUUCCCGUCGACGGUUCGGCCGAAUACCUCAGCGACAAGCCCAAUCUGGAGCAGAUCCUCGGACUCGCACCCGAUCUCAUCAUCUGCGUCAACGCCGACAACGAGUACUGGCCCGCUGCAAAAACUCCAAGCCAUCGCUCCUGUCCUGACAACCGAAUCGAAGCAGACGUGGCGAGAAAAUCUCACGCGACUCUCCGAUUGGUUGGGCCGAACACCCACCAUGGAUCGCCUGAUCACCGACUACGACGCUCUGAUCACCGACAUCCGCUCUCGACACGCUUCGGCGAUCGCGGGAAAGACCGUCGCGAGUUUGUCCUACAGUCCGGACAAGGCCACGAUCUACAUCGACAGCCUGCCCGUGUCGGAGGAAACCGG